AUGGCAUUGUCAAGCAGCGGCUCUGCGGUGUUGAGAGAUGGUGCUGCGCGGGCAACGGCGGCGGCGGCAUCACAGUGGUCGGCACAACAGCGAUGCUUCCGAAAGUUGAUGAAGUCGCUUCGCGGUGCAUAUUUCCACGACCGCUCGAAGCUUUUUUGGGCACGACAUCGUGUCCUCGUUGAGUUCUACAAGUACUCCCGCGUCGAAGAAGAAAAAGACGUGCUGCUGCUCGUCAGUAUUGGCAACGAAAUCGCGAACUUCGUGGGGGAGUACAUGAAAGUGGACAUUGGCGCCAUCAUGGAGCAUAACGCCAAGAUGCAGUCGCUUCCAGUGGCCAAAGCAAAGCGGUAUCGAGAGGAGUAUUUGCUACAUGAAAAGCAGCACGACUCGUGGUGCAAGCAGAGGAUUCGACUCAUUAUGGACCGUCGGCCGCCACCACCGUAUCCUUUCUUCUGA